AAGCACAAGGGGGACACUAACCAUGUCGCCUACGCAAGAACACCUCUCCCCUAAAAGAGCCUACCUACUCUUCUACAAUGCCAUAUCCACGAUCCUCUGGCUCCGCAUCCUCCUCACCGUCCUCACAACCCACGACCCGGCAUCAACAUACACAACUCUCGAGCCCUGGACCCGAUGGACGCAAACCCUAGCAGUUGCAGAGAUCUUCCACUCCGCUGCCGGAAUCACCCGAAGCCCCGUCUUCACAACCUUCACGCAAGUAUUCGGCCGCAGCGUACAGGUCUGGGCCAUUAACUAUGCCUUCCCGGCCGUGACUGCCCCAUCAUGGGCCUACCCGGCGAUGGUGCUCGCCUGGUCUGCGGCAGAUACCGUCAGGUACCUAUAUUUCGUCGUAAUGCUGGCGGGGAGGCCGGUACCCGAUGCGCUGAAAUGGCUAAGAUACUCGCUCUUCUUCGUUCUCUAUCCCAUCGGAAUCAGCAGCGAAUGGUGGUUAAUGUACCAUGCUGCGAAUGCCACGUCUAGUCUUGUCGUGGCUGGCAUCUUCUAUUUCUUUCUCGUGCUUUAUGUGCCUGGAACGCCUAUGAUGUAUAAAUACAUGGUUAGCCAGCGACGCAAGACCUUGGCUCGCCCGUAGGUGGAGGGGUUGUUUCUUGUGUGAGAUUUGGUCUUCGGAAGGGGGGUUGGGUUAUCUUCUAUCAAUUUCUUUUUGUACAGUAUGUUGUACAUAUUCUUUGCUUCUGUUUGUCUGGAUGUAGUCUAGUGGCUUAGUCUAUGUGUAUAUAUAAGCCUGGUGGAUGUGUGACGAGAGAAUUCUAAGUGGUGUUAUUUUG